UUUUCAUUUUGUGUUUUUGCGAGCAUAAAAAAACGAGAAGAAAGAAACAGAACAGAAAUAAAUAGUGUCGUAAAAUGAAAACGCACUUGGCUUAGCACAGAAGAAGCAUCUGCGAUAGUUUGUUGUUGUUGGUGGAUAGUGCGGAAUCGUUAAUUGGUAGUGCGACGUGCAAUAUCACGGGUGCUUUUGUGCAAUCCCACGCAAGGGCACGCAAGCGAACACUUGCAUCGCGUGCGAGGUGGCACUUCCUCGGGUGGUCCUCGGGUCACUUCGUCUGUGCGUCAGGUGCAGGAAGCGUAGAGGACAGGACCUCCUCCCAGGACUGAACGGCACCAUUUCCGCUGAAACUCAUUAGUAUCGCUUGUACGUUGUGCGACGUUCGUUUGUUAGUGUCGUUUGUUCGCCUUGAGUCGACAUCAUUACAUGUGUGAGGUGGAACGGAUGGGAAGAAUUGCACAAUUGAUUUUUCUUAACCACGAACCACGAAGGGCUGUCACCCACACGCCUGGGUGUGAAGCUUGAAAACAAACAUUAGCGACCGCAUUGGAAGGAUAAUUGGCAGAAGUUGAGGAAAGUUUUCGUAUUCUGCUAAGUACAAGCAAGCUCAAAGCAGUAAAAUCAAAUCGUGUUCUGUGAAGGCUGUAGAGCGAGUUCAUCAUGGAGGACAAACUGUUUACAAGCGUUGAAGAGGAGUGCCUGUAUUGGAAGGAGCGAUGCCUGAAGGUGUCGCAGGAACGGGACGAUGCGCAACGGGAGUUCGAUGACUUCACCACCGAGUCACAACAGCUGGAAGCUGAGCUAGAAAUGACGGUCGAGCAGCAGGAAAAGAAGAUUCGCGAUCUGAACCAGUUGGUGAAUCAGCUGCACAGCGAGAACGAAUCCUACAAGAGGAAGAUGCAAUACACGGAAAAUGAAACGAACAAAAUCGAUGCCGACUAUCGACAACUGGCGAAGGAGAAUGAAAAACUAAAGGUGUACAUCCGAGAACUUGAGCAGAAAAAUGACGAUCUCGAACGGGCAAACCGGGUAGCCAGUGAAAGUGUAGCGGAAUUCGAAUCGAUGUUAAACCAAGCGUACGAGAAAAAUGCGCUGCUUGAGCUGGAAGUAGACGAGAAAGAACGUAUGCAAAUCAAACUGCAGCGAUUAAUGGACGAGGCUCGUGAUUUGAAACAGGAACUAAAAGUUCGCACUCUGAAGCCGGAUGACGGUGAAAAGCUGGAAGAGGGCGAGAUGAGCGUAAGCCGAGAUGAACGAAACAAGCAGCUUGAUCCAUCGAAUGAAAGCACAUCCACAACAACGAUCGCCACAGCCGUAACGUCUGGGAUCGAUGCGCAGCAAAUGAAUAAUGUUUGUCUUGACGGUGGAACAGAUCCGACCGAAACGGCAUUAGCUGGCACAAAGUUAGAGACGCUUAAUAACAACCUUAACAGCAGUAAGCAGCGCAGUUCGUUCGGUUCCCCCAUGGUAAAACUAUCGGCGAGUAAACUGAAUGACUUUGGUCGUGAAACGUCCAUGGAACAGCAGGAGCCUGCUAAAACAAUGGAUGGGAUCGUAGGAGACAGUGUAAAGGCAGCACUCCUAUCUCCCGGCAGUCAGUUGAUAAUUGAACGAAAUGGAAACAACGCAUCGUCCACGGCACUUGUCCCUGGUGGUCUUGGCGGAAUAAAUGCUCCGAUGGCUCCAAGUGAUCGCGUUUCAACGCUCAAUAUCGUUGCCGAUCUGUUGCGACGGCUAGAUAACAUGGAGGCUAAGUUAAAGGCAUGGAAAAUACGUAAACCCUCAUCACGCGCAGGGCCGGGCAGCGCCGGUACGAUGACCAGCAAUCGGACAUCACUACACACCAGUAAUACCAUCUCGAAUCUGCAUCACAGCAGCGGCACGGGUGGGUUGAUGAACAGUAAUCACCAAAACCACCAGCAUCAUAACCAUAGUAACCAUCAGUACCAAAGCCACCACCACACAGACAGCAAUCUCUCGCUCAAUUCGGUUGGAUCUGCAGAAGGUAUGUUGUUGUUAACUUCACCCGUCAACUGUUGCGGCACUGGAAGCAGCAGUACCAUCGGCGGUAACGUGCAGCUACACUCGUACCAACCCAGCACCAUCACCAUCGGCACGCAGACAUCCCAGCAUCUGCCCGCAUCAUCGUUGGCAGCAAAAACGGAACUGUUGCGUACGAACAAGUAAUGGUACGGUGGAAACCAGUUGUUUCGAGCCCUCUGAAACCCACCCGUGCACAAUACCGCCGGACGGAGAUUGUGUUGGCACACAAAAUGACGGCAUAAAUGUUCGUAACAUCUGUUAUUGCCUAUUCGAACAUUCUCUUUAGCAACCAGCGCUUAAAAUAACGAUAGUUCUUUGCAAGGGAUCGGGAGCACCGAUAGACACUGGUGACAAAAGUGAUUUAAUUUAAAUUUACCAGUUUUUUAUGUUACGUCGUCCCCAUCCGAGCGUGGUAAUGAACUUUUUUUGUUGUAAUAGUCAGUCUGCUGGUAUGUAAGUUGGUUUUAAAAGUAAUUCGUCGGUUCCGUGUUUUUUAAGUAAUCUCUUCAUCGGUUGUACAUAUUAACCAUAACGUAUGAUGAAGAUGAACACCGGUGUGCAAAACAAACAGGUAUAGAUGGCCACCAGGGCUCUGGUGUAAGAUUUGUCUAAUGUAAUGAUUUGUAUUUUCCCUAUUCUCAUUAGAAUUAUCUAUUUAUGAUAUUUAUGGGAGAAUGGCACCUGUGUGGAAUUGUGCUGAUGUGUGUAGCUUUUCGUUUUGUUUUAAUUAACUGGAGAGAUGUUUGAUAAGAAAUUCCUCCACUAUUGUGAAGAUAAACUAUUUUUGAAUUGUAAAAUGAGUUUUGGAAUCGUUGAUCGUUUUCAAAAUGUCAAAUGCUUACUGUGCUAUCAAAAUACCGACAAAAACUACAAUAGUUAGAGGAAUUAGUUAAUGAUUUGGUAUAUCACCAAGCUCGAAUGGACCACAUCGCUUAUUCUGCGGUAAAUUGAACAAAAAGCGCUGAAUCUAUCAUACUUGGUGACACUCAAUUGUACUGCUUAAAGUGGCGCAACAGUGAUUGAAAUAAUAUUCGUUUAGCUGACGCUUGCCCGUUUUUAACAGCAAAAUGAAGGCGAACAUACCGAUUUUAAAAUCAAUCGAAUUGGAAGCUUUCCAUCACUUAAACGUACUGAUGCCCAAAAAACUAGUUGAUUGUAAUUAAAGGAUCGUCUCAUUUACAAAAAUUUGUCCUUUUUUCAGUGUACGGUUAAAUUCGCCCUGAUCGGUAUACCACGAAUUUGUAAGUAGGUUUGAAUAUUAUAGAAAGUACGAAAAGAACGAAAAGGAUACAGAAGUUUAUUUCAUAAAUGUAUAGAUAAAAUUGUGUCUGCUAUUAGCAAGGGCGAACGAGCAAUAUAGCCCCAACUUAAGGAUAGAGAACAAGGACAGAAAAAAAUUGAAACCAUUACGGCGCUACUAACCUAAACUCCAAACUGUUUGGCAAUGUUAUAAUAUGAACUACAUUCUGCAAUACAAUGGACAAAUAUUUCACCCAUUAUGUGCUCAGAGCUAAAAACAUGAUGGUGUACCACUUUAGUAAGAGAAAUAGGGAUUGGAAAAUAAACUACCCGCUGGUAUGCGUAUAAAAGAAAAACUUUAGGGCAACGUAACCGUACAAAUUGGGUUAGAAAAAGUGAGCUUGUGUAAUUUGAAGUUAGACAAACAAAGAAAGCUAACAAAAAGGCAUCAUGUAAAACAAAACGAAACAAAAACAUUGGUAAUAGGAACAGAGUAACGCAAACAAAAAACCUAGCAAGGAAAGUGAUCAAGACUAACGCAUAAUAAAGGCUAUAUUUAUUCAAAUGGUACAUGAAUAACAAUAGUAA